AUGCAAACUGGGAAUACCAUCUUCGUGGGACUGGGAGCUUCCAAUCAGAACUCGCGUCCCUUCGGAUGGGCACGCUCCCUGACUUCGAUCGGCUGUUUUGUGAUCGGCUGUUUUCUCUUUGCACGGCUCAAUCGCUUGAUCGGGGCACGGCGUCGGGGGUCUCUGAUGCUCUCGUUCCUCAUCCAAGCUUGCAUCAUCGUCAUCACGGCUGCACUCGUUCAGGGAGGGGUCGUGUCGAGUGCUGUCGACGACGACGACAUAUCGAACCCCAUCACUCGAUGGGACCAAGAAGUGCCGAUCGUGCUUCUCAGCCUUCAGUCGGCAGGACAGAUCGUGGCCAGUCGUGCGUUGGGCUUCAACGAGAUCCCGACCGUGGUGAUCACCAGUCUGCUCUGCGAUCUUAUGUCAGACCCGAAGCUGUUUCUUUUGCGGAACGAAAAGCGGAACCGUCGAACAAUAGCGUUCAUUCUAACGCUGGUGGGUGCCGUUGUUGGGGGGUGGGUGACCAAGGCCACCGGGGACAUCGCUCCCAUCCUUUGGGUGGCUGCUGGAAUCAAAUUCAUUGUGGCAGGAGCCUGGGGAAUGUGGAGAACCAAGGCAUGA